AUGCAAGAGUUUGUAGCUGACUUGGGUAUCCAGUUUAUUCAUUCUACCCCUUACUAUGCUCAAUCCAACGGCCAAGCAGAGGCCAGUAACAAGGUUAUCAUCACGCUGCUGAAGAAGAUGCUCGCUGAGAAUCCUCGCCAGUGGCAUGAAACAUUGUAUGAGACACUAUGGGCUUAUCGCACUUCUAAGAGGAACCCUAUUGCCACCACGCCCUAUGCUUUGAUGUUUGGCCAUGAUGCAGUCCUCCAUUUGGAAAUCAAUGUUCAAUCCCUGCGCGUCCAGGAUCAACAUCAUUUGAUUAGUGAAGAUUAUGUCCAAGCUAUGUGGCAGGAGCAUGAAGAUCUUAGCGAGAAGCGCUUAGAGGCUUUGGACAGCUUAGUGAUGGAAAAGCAAUGCAUCGCUCGCGCCUAUGAUAAAAGGACACGCGGGUGCAGCUACAAGGAGGGUGACCUCGUUUGGAAGGCAGUCUUACAGCUAGGUGAGAAGUUAACUGGCCGCGGUAAGUGGACCCUGCGCUGGGAAGGUCCCUUUGUGAUUCAACCCAUUCUCGAUCGCGGAGCCUUUCACCUUAAGGAUUUGGAUGGUGAACUCCAUCACAACCUGAUCAAUGGUAGGUUCUUGAAGAAAUAUUACCCAAGCGUCUGGGAAUUUGAAGAUCCCCCAGAUCCACCUGUUCCUCGGCCUGGGGGCAAACAUAGUCUUACUGUGUUCUCGUCCUCCCUUACAUUUCGGCCUUCUCAGUGGCCUCAUUCUCAUGUAUUCACUUCACCUAGUAAGACUAGGGGGCAACACUCUAUGCAUUCAGGCCUUGUAUUUGCGGCCUUGUCUUCGGAUGCUCUUUGA